UAGAUGACAGGUCCUUGUAUGUGAUUAUUGUAGAUUCUUCACCAUUGAUAUAUAAAACUAUAUGCAUAGAAAUGUUUAGUAUGUCUCCUUAUGCUUUAUAGAAGUAGUUUGACUUCUGUUUGGUGAACAUGGCACGAAUGGUUGACUAAUUGCAAUUCUCGUUAGCUUGAAAUUUCGAUCUGGAUAGCCAAUGAUUAUCUGAGAACGGGGAUAUGGAUGAUUUGGGUCUGCGACAAGUUUUUUUUAUGUACUUCAAUGUUAUUAGUGCAAAUUAUUCAUGACAGUUGUGUGCUUCUACUUGUGGUAACAUAUUCAAGUUAUUUUUUGUUGAAAUUAAAUUAUAAAUUCUAAGCUGAGUACUAAAGAUUAUAGAGAUUCCACAUGUCAAUGAAUAGAAAGCCUUGCUAGAAAUUUAAUAUCAGUUAUAAUGCAUGGCAGUAAGUUGAUUCGAAGGUUUAUAUGUGAUUUAAAUGAGUCUUGAACCCUCUGUAUUCUUGGUUAAUUUCGAGGGGUCAGCCAGGUUUGUUAGUAGGUUACUUUGAUUAAGUGGUUGAGCACUAUACUAUUUUCAUCUUCUUACUAGCUAUUAUUAACUCGGAGUAUCUGUAGCACUAUACUAGUUUUUUUUAUGUACUUCAAUGUUAUUAGUGCAAAUUAAAAGUUUAUGAGACAAACAUUUUUGUUUUUGAAGUAAAUGAGACAAACAUUAUAAUCAUUCUCUCAUAAUCUAAUUACUUGUCAUGUUCUCAUCAAAUUGAUCAAUUUUUUAUCGAAAUUAAAAAUUUCGGUUCCAUUUAUCUGAUUUUUUUCUCGGCCCAACGUAUACGAGUCCACCGAGCUAAAACACAACCAGUCCAAGACUUUAAAAAAGUUGACUUGUCUUUUAAACCCUUGCUUCCAAACAGAGACGUCUUGAACCUAUACUUACACACAUUCAUAAAUCUAGGAGCUUUCUUGAUCUGUGUUUUACUACCACUGUAAGAAACUCAAAGCUUAAAUCCAUGAUGCCAAAUCAUGGGGCUGAUCAGCCUCACAGCCCCAAAAGAUGGUCAAAUUUGAUGCCUUUAUUUGUAGCUUUAGUUGUAAUAGCAGAGAUUGCGUUUCUGGGUCGACUCGACAUUGUCACCAAGUCAUCCACGGUCAACUCUUGGGCUGACUCUUUCUAUCAGUUCACUACUUUGCCUUGGGCUUCUUCUUUUGACCCGCCACCCAUUGAUGAGUUUGUUAUCGGGUCGGAUCAGUUUGGGGUUCUGGAUUCGGAUACUGAGAGCUGUGAGGUGUGGUUGGAGAGACAAGAUUCUGUUGUUUAUUCUAGGGAUUUUCAGAGUCACCCCAUUUUCGUGUCUGCGAAUGAGGAGGAUUUUAAGUCUUGUGCCGUGGGAUGUAAAUUUGGGUUUGAUUCUGAGAAGAAGCCUGAUGCUGUAAUUGGGUUAGGCCACACAAGUGGGGCACCUGCAGUGCUUCGAUCAAUGGAGUCAGCUCAAUAUUAUGCAGAGAACAACAUUGCCUAUGCACGACGGAAAGGAUAUGACAUUGUUAUGACUACUAGCCUCUCUUCAGAUGUACCAGUUGGUUAUUUUUCUUGGGCAGAGUAUGAUAUAAUGGCACCCGUGCAACCAAAAACUGAAAAAGCUUUAGCAGCUGCUUUCAUUUCCAAUUGUGCUGCACGGAAUUUUCGCUUGCAAGCUCUUGAAGGAUUGGAGAAAGAAAACAUCAAGAUUGAUUCUUAUGGUGGCUGUCACCGUAAUCGAGAUGGAAGAGUGGACAAGGUACAAGCUUUGAAGCGCUACAAAUUUAGUUUGGCCUUUGAGAAUUCCAACGAGGAAGAUUAUGUCACUGAAAAGUACUUUCAGUCUCUUGUUGCUGGAUCUAUUCCUGUGGUUGUUGGUGCUCCAAAUAUCCAAGAGUUUUCUCCUUCGUCAAAUGCAAUUUUACAUAUCAAGGAGCUGAAAGAUAUUCCAUCCGUUUCCAAGUCUAUGAGAUACCUUGCUGACCAUCCAGAGGCCUAUAACCAGUCACUGAGGUGGAAAUAUGAGGGCCCUUCUGAUUCUUUCAAGGCUCUGGUGGAUAUGGCAGCAGUUCACUCGUCGUGCCGACUCUGCAUCUACUUGGCAACGAGGAUUCGUGAGUCCGAUGAAAAGAGUUUAGAUUCUUCGAAACGCCCUUGCAAGUGUACCAGAGGCUCGGAAACUGUAUAUCAUGUAUAUGUAAGAGAGAGAGGGAGAUUCGAGAUGGUUUCUAUUUUCUUAAGGUCCAGUAAUUUGACCCUAAAGGCCCUCGAAUCUGCUGUUCAGUCUAAGUUCGAGUCUCUCAAGCAUGUACCCAUUUGGAAGGAUGAAAGACCGGAAAGCAUUAGAGGUACGGAUGAGCUCAAAGUGUAUAGGAUAUAUCCUCUUGGCCUGACACAGAGACAGGCUCUAUAUACAUUCAGUUUCAAAGGGGAUAACGAAUUGAGGAAACACUUGGAAAAAAAUCCAUGUGCAAAAUUUGAGGUGAUAUUUGUAUAGCUGCAACAUGUGUUCCAGCUCAAGUUUUCUCUGCAUCGAUGAUUAUCUUUUAAUCAAUCUUGUUGUAUUAUCAUCUGUUCUUCACAUAUAGUAGGCUGCCGUAGCUUACAGGAAAUGAGAAAACAGUUAGUUACCUUCUCGACUGGGAUUAAAGUUAAUCAUGUAGAAGAUAUCAGUUAAUACAUACAUGAAAACCAUGUCCUUUUCUCUUUACAAAUUAACCAUCAGGACUACUGAACCUUUACUGCUAGCCUGUGUACAAAUCUUUGUAUGAUUUCUAUUUUUUACUGUGGUUGAGGUAGCUGGGAUUACGGUGAGAAUAUAUUAUAGUUUCAAGUAU